AUGAAUCGCGACUACUACAGAGUGAUGUUCUCCAGCAGAAACUCUAAUCGUUCAAGUGUAAUGGACAGUCAUGACAUCCUAGACAACGAUACAGAGUUCAAUGCUAACCAGUUCAAAUUGUACGACGACUUCACAACAGACAUACGCUUUAACUUCAAUUCUUUGAGGAACUUUCACGAAGUUGUCAGGAAUGAAGUUAGGCGGAGAGGUGAUCCCAACGAUUCAGGUGUCGACGUAGAGAACGGCAACCCUUUGGACGACGCUACUACGUCUAAUGAUAGAGACUUGUUGGAGAACGAAGUUAUGGUAGAUCCUUGGAGCAGUAUGGACUCCUCGAACUCACCAUUAACUGAUUCUGGGCCCUCCGCCAGUGAUGAUUGCACCCCUUCUACUUCAAGUGAACCAAAUAGCGGGCCUUUAGAUACUUCUUCACCUAUAUCACCGGAUACGCGCCGCUUUCCGGACCCAAAAGACGCCAAAUCUAAAUAUUCCAAACACCUUACCCCUAAGUUUAAAGACAAAGCGCGGACCCGUGAUCUUACUCUCGAUCUAGAUAAUCUCGAAAAUGACCCUCUUUCACGCCGCCCGCAUUUUCUCGACGAUGACUACCAUUUACCGUCAAAAUCGAAUAUCGAAUGUCGAAUUCCAAAACCACACUUCCUCGAUCAUUCGCCUUCUCCAGACGAAUUCGAUGAACGUAGUGACAUCACAAAUCCAAACUUCUUAGAAGAUGAAGUAGAAGGCGAUGACAAUCAAGUACAAAAGAAAGCUGGUGCUCUUCCGAAAAAGUCAAUGAAACCACAGUCUUCCAGCUAUUCAAACCAAGAAGACCGACCGCACAGAACCAAUUAUAGAAGCACUUUGCAUUAUGGACUAGAAAAUGCAGCCAGAUCAAGCGAAAGGGAUAAAAGAGCUUCACAACUAUAUCGUGGAACGUGGCCCGGAGAGCGGGAUGUGUGGACAUCUCAUGAUUCAUCCAGUGUUCGAAGUUUCUCUAGUAACGGUUCAGACAGUACACGACCUUCAUCUAAUUUAGAAAAUAAAAUGGAAUGCGUUUGUUCACUAAUAUCCUUGCUUAGCUUAUCCCCGGAGAAUAAUGCUGAUUUAAGCGGACCGCUUUUAGAUAUGAGUAGAUCUGUAGAAAGUUGUAUAGCAAUGAGACAAGCUGGAUGUAUUCCUUUGUUGGUCCAAUUGAUUCAUUCUAAAGUAGCUAGGGAAACUCGAGAUCGUGCUGCAAAAGCGCUAAGAAACAUAAUUCACACUCAAACUGAUGACAAAGCUGGUAGAAGAGAAGCAAGAGUAUGGAGAUUAUUAGAACAAGUUAGGGAAUACUGUUACGUGCUAGAAGAUAUAGUUGAAGCGAGAAAUGAAGGGAAAGAAGCAAUAGAGGAUGAUGUUACGAAACAUCCGAGUCAAAGUGUUGCUGCGCUAAUGAAGUUAUCUUUUGACGAGGAACAUCGACAUGUAGUUUGUCAAUUUGGUGGCUUACAAGCUCUUGCGGCCUUAGUCAGUGGAGAUCAAGCAGCACAUGGUAGCAGAACUGACGAUAAUACUUGCUUGACAAUGAGAAAAUACGCUGGUAUGACGUUAACCAACUUAACUUUCGGAGACGGAAACAACAAAUCACUGCUAUGUUCGUUUAAGGACUUUAUGUUGGCGCUGGUUGAACAACUAGAGUCUCCAAACGACGAUAUGAGACAGGUUACUGCAGCUGUGCUGAGAAACCUCUCGUGGAGAGCAGAUACAAAUAGUAAACAAGUUUUACGCGAAGUAGGCGCUGUAAAGGGACUCACCAAAGCGGCAAUGACGUGUCAAAAGGAGGCAACUCUAAAAUCUGUUUUAUCUGCCCUCUGGAAUCUUACGGCUCAUUGUUCUAUGAAUAAAGUAGCUUUAUGCUCUGUUGAUGGAGCCUUGGGCUUCCUCGUAGAUAUGCUAAGUUACAACUCCCCUACAAAGACAUUGGCAAUAAUAGAGAAUGCAGGUGGCAUUAUGCGCAAUGUGUCAAGUCACAUCGCAGUACGAGAAGAUUACAGACAGAUUCUCCGCGAGAGAAAUUGUUUAAGUGUCUUGCUUCAGCACCUGAAAUCUCCAAGCUUAACUGUAGUUAGUAACUCAUGCGGCACGCUAUGGAAUCUGUCGGCACGAUGCCCUCAAGAUCAACAGUUUUUAUGGGACCACGGAGCAGUACCGAUGCUACGAAGUUUAAUUCAUUCGAAACAUAAAAUGAUCGCUAUGGGCUCGAGCGCUGCUUUAAAAAAUUUGCUUAAUUCUAAACCUGGAAAAACACAUAUAAUUUCAUUGGACACGACAGUGAGGAGCAUGAAUUUGCCCGCCUUACCUACUCUGGGGGCAAGGAAACAAAAGGCAUUGGAACAAGAAUUAGAUCAAAACUUAGCUGAAACCUGCGAUAACAUCGAACCAGCAACUUCCCCAACUACCAGUAAUCGGGAAGAAAAGAAUCUAUUUACAGCCACCGAAAGGCAAAUUGCUAUGAAUUUGGAAAGGCAUAGAAUGACAUCUAGUUCGCCUCUCAUGGGGACUUUAACUUCUCAAAUAUCCCUCAGCCAUAGUGCGCAUUUAGCGAGCUAUUUAAGCUGCAGUAAUACUUUACUGAAAGGAGCCUUAGUGACUCGUUCCUCUGGUAGUAGUUCUACUAAUGUUAACAGAUCAGAAAGUAAAGAUUCAGUAACAAGUACUCAUUCGGAUUCAGUCUUUGAAAGAGGAGUGCGACCUGGAAAAGUUCCUGUCCCUACACCAAGAAAUAAAGAUUUAAUGAAAAUGGAUACUGGAAGUGACACAUUUAAAUCGACUAAAUCUUUAACGAAAGAAGCCGGCUAUAUCCGAUAUUCCGGUCAACCUCCCAUUCCACCUCCAAGAAGUACGGAAAUGAGAACAAAUUAUACAGAAUCUGGUUACGACGUCGACCAAGAUUCUUGCGACCAGCCUAUAGAUUUCAGCAGAAAAUACCCUGAAACAAAGACUGAAUCAGAACCUGUUGAGAAACCUAAAACAGAAAGCAAAAAGUAUUCUAAGAAAGAUAGUCCAAGCACAUUUGGAGAUUACCAAGAGACUGAUUUAGAUCAACCGACCGACUAUUCACUACGUUAUGCAGAACACCAAUCAGAGAACGGUUCGGAUAUUUCGGAGCCACCAGCGCCGUCAGUUCACGAGGACACCAUAAAACAUUUCGCAACAGAAGGCACGCCAUAUGAAACACCCAUAAUAUUUUCUACAGCUACUUCUAUGUCAGAUCUCCGUAUAAUUGGCAAAGAUGGAAAACCAAAAACAUCAAGUGUUAAAGAACAUCCAGAAGCGAUGACGCAUUCUGAUGAGAAGGACACCUGUUCGAUUGAAGAUCCACCCCGACAUGAUAACGACGUCGCAAUAUCUACGCCACCUCCAGUGUCUAUACCAGAACCUGUAGUGGAAAAACGAGGUGUUUUUGACACUAAAUUCAGUUCAGGCAUGAUAAGUCCAGAAAAGCCAGUGAAUUAUUGUGACGAAGGUACCCCGGGCUAUUUCUCAAGGGUCAGCUCGCUAAGCAGUUUGGGUGAGCCAACUGAAGAAGAUAGCUUAGCCAAAAGAAACGCACAAGCUUCAAUCAAUGUGGAACCAAGCCCUCAGGAACAAAGCACUAGCAGUUCUGGAAAGGAUAAAGAAGGUCUAAAAGCAGUAACAUUCGCAACAGAACCAGUGUCUAUAGCCCAAGAAACGUCAGGUGCGGCGUCAGCUCGAACGUCCUCGCCACAACGCUUCAUAGAAGACACUCCAUUGAUGUUCUCAAGGUCGAGCUCCUUAGGAUCACUACCAGAGUGCUCCCAGCAAGAUGACCAGGGUUCGGUCGUGUCUGAAGUUAGCCGCCUCACGUCCGGCUGCAUAUCCCCGAGCGAGAUCCCCGACUCGCCGGGACAGAGCGUGCCGCUGUCGCCGCGCGCGCGCCACGCGCCCGUCCCGCGCGACGAGCACACGCCGCCGCCAGUAGAACCAAGGAACAUAUCAGUGUUCGAAGAGCGCACGUCGCAGUUUGUAGUUGAGCACACUCCGGCGCAGUUCUCAGCCAACACAAGUCUUUCCAGCCUCACUAUUAAUGAUGAGCCUAAGUUACCAUUGCUACUUGAAGAUAUAAGCAGGGAAGACAAUCCAGAGCUCGACGUGUCGCCGCCUGGAAACGAAACUAUGAACUCUGAAAUUCUCGACGAAAGUCCACCCGCAGAAGAACCAUCUUCAGACGCUAUUGGUGACCACAUUAAAGCAGAGAGAGAAUCGUAUCACUCCGCGGAAGGCGCGGCGUUCGCGCACUCCUCCAGCGACGACGCCAGCGACGCCGACCUGCUGCACGCCUGCAUCGAGAGGGGCAUUGCGCAGGUGGUAAAAAACAAAGGACCUCCAUCCGACGUGUCUUCAAUUAACAAAUAUCCGAUGAGAGACGAUGUAUAUAGAUCAUUGCCUCCAUACUUACGAUCAUCCACGGAGACGGUCAUGAUGUCACACGACUUUGUCAGGAAUGUUAGAGAUAGUAGUCCGCGUCAAAGUCCGCCGCCAUUGCCGCCCAAAGUGCGACACCCCGAGGCGCCGCCGCGACCACCGCCGUUAGAAGAUCAUCACUUUGAAGGACGAAGACACGAAAGCCGACAGUUGGAAAAAACACACCGCGACAAACCAAAACUACCGGCAACACAAAGCUUAGCACGAAAUGAUUCUCUCAGCUCUCUCAGCUUAGACUCAUUCGGAUCCACUGACAGGGAGAUAUUUGAAGAAACAGUGAAAGCUGGUCUUUCCAGUGUCAACCCUCGCGCUAAAUUCACUUUAGAAAGCAAUAAAGGAAAAACCCAUUCGGUUGAACGACGACCGGAGUCAACUAAAUAUUCAAGGAAUCACAAAUCAUUAGACCGAAGCGAUAAGAUUUCUCAUCGCGGGCCCAAAGUACGGGAUCCGGAGUUCGAGAGGAACUUGGCUUCUGGUGCGUAUAAUAUCAAGUCGACUAACAAAGUGAAGAAAUUAGAGCAGGAAUUCGCUAAUCUCAAUGUUAGGUCCCCAUAUUCGUACCAUGGGGAGGGAUCCGGCCAUUUUUCAAGGUUUAGAGGUCAGUCGAGGUUUUACGAUGAUGGUCCUCCGAGCCUUCCCGCUAGGAUCGAUGAUCACCGAAGACUAGAUCGAAGCAAUUCACUCAGUUCCCUAAGUAAUGAUUCCAUCGGGUCCACUGAUAAAGAAGUGUUCGAACGCUGCGUUCGUAUAGGAAUGACAAAACCACAGACUAAGAAAAAAGACGACGCAAAGCUUAGAGUGCGCAGUGACGAUCGUUUAGAGGUACGAGAGUCGAGACGACGUCGUAAAGACAAACCACACCAAGGCGCGUUAGACAAAAUGGUCGGCGAGGAAUAUUCUAAAGAUAGAGCGAUUUUAGAAGAAGUAAUAGCACGUGGUGCUGGCGAGGUUAAAAAUGCUAAAGCUAAUGAGACAGGAACUCAGUCAAAAAACGUUCCGGCGCCGUUUGCGGUUCUCGCGGCCGCAGACGCGCGCGCAAACAUCGCGCGAGACAUGGAAUCUGACGACUCCGCUAUAGGUAAUGCCGAAACCAUCGACGAUUCCAAAUCGAUUAACGAUCAAACCAAUGCAUCCGUCGAAAUCACUCUCAAUUCACAGCCGUUAUCGAUAUUAGACCGUUCCAACGAAUUGCCGACAGUCGAUUCGGGGAACACAACCCUAGAUUCGGAUUGUAAUGAAAUGGAUCAUUCUAAUGAGUAUUUGGCGCCGAAAUCUGGGAAUAUUACCGUUGAGUCUGAGAGAGAUGAACUCAACAGAUCGAAUGAGUCGUACGCCGACGUGUUAGACGGUACGUGGAGCGACGAUGAAGAUAAACCUAAAGAAUUCGAUUCUGGCACUCUAACACGGAAGAAGAAACAUAAAUUGGAAUGGACUGAUAUCAAAUGUACAGACAGUCAAAUUAACUUUGAGGAUGUCUCAAAAAAAGAUAACGACACAUGGAACGAGAAUACUUGUCCGGACGACGUCACUUUCCCUACUAUUAGCGGUUCUGUCCACAUGGUUUCGUCGUUGAGAAGUGAAAUCGUAGAUGCAGCCAUGGCGUUGCCAGAUUUACUAGAAAAAAGUGACAUUCCAAACAUUUUCUCCAAACCGGAUUUAACUGACAAAUUAGAUGGCUUAGGCGACAGUGACGAUGGGAAGUUAGAUGAUAGGAUGUUAGAGAACAUUCCAGAGCCAAGUUUCACGUCGCUAGUCGAUGACGGUGAACAAAAGUUUGACUCUAUAUUAUCUUUAGCGAUUGAAAAGGAAGCAGCUAGAUUGGCAGCUCAAUUAAAGAAUUCGCAUUAUGCAUUGGAAAACAGUGUGACAUCACUUACGUCGAUAGACUUAGAUAACGUCAAGCCACCGUCUAACUUGGGUAGCUUACUUUCUUUAAGUGCUUCAGGACAUUGGGAUGAAUCUUCUGCCCAAACGUCUAAAAAAUCUCAAAAAACACGAAAGAAGUCUUUGCCAGUUGCCUUGAUGGUUAAGAGAGCUCUAAGCAACUCUGCUCAUCAAGGAAGCUCUGAACACUUGGACAGUAUACCGCUAAGUUUCUUAGAUAAUGUCAAACCGCCUUCGGAAAUGGAAAAUAUCGACAUGGAUGGCAGCAUGAUAUCUGUAUCUAGUAUCGUAUCCGAAGUUGCUGAAGCAAAAGACAAUAAAACUCCAAUCGUAUUCGACUUUAAGCAACCAGUACAAGAUUUUCCUUUGUGUACUACAUUCACGCAUGUUUUCCACGAUUUAGAUAAAGUCAAUCCGCCAUCUUUGUUUGAUGAAAUGGCUGAAUCGACAUUAGAACUGGAACCGACUACAGCUCACGAAGUGUACGACGAUUGUGUGUCCAAUACUCUAAACGUAAUACCUGACAUACCUUCUGGUUCUGAAAAUUGCACCCCGCUCCCUUCAGAUAUCAGUAGCGUUGAAUCGACUCCAAAAAGACAACGUGACUCUAAAUAUUUAACUCCGAAAGAAAAACGUAGUGCAUCCAAAUACAGAUAUCAAACUUACACUAUAACGGACACGGUGUCCCAUAAUGACGUGAUUCUAAAAGUGGAAUCCGAGGAAUUUAUGACGUGGACCAAAUCAGAAAGUGACAGGUCUGAUGAUUACGUCACAGCGACGUCAGAGCCUAAAUCCAAAAGACGGGUUAGCGCUAAACAACGAAGACAAGAGGAUAGAGCUAGAUAUCAAACUCAAACAGUCAAUAUUCACAAUAUAUUGACGUCUUCUCAAGAAACAUCAACUUCCAAAGAUCAACCUUAUCCUCAUAUAGAAAGCUUGAAACAACGAUUAGCCGCGAAGAAGACGUUAAAGCAAAAACGUAUGGAGGACGCGGAAAGGUUCAGAACUAGAACGUUAAGUGAAGACAUACCUCCCUCACCGACGUUUGUAACAAAGGACGCUAACUUCGAAAACGUUGAGACUACUACAGGCUACGACAGUUUAUCCUCUAACGAAUUAAACCAUCAGCAGUUGAACGAUGAUAGGCAAAGUGACGAUGUUUUUAGGGAUGUAGAUAGUGGGAAUAAUGAGGAUGAUUUCGAGUUAAACUCUACACAACUGAAAACUUACACGCAGAGCUUUAGGAACUAUUUGCCCGUAAUCGAGAGCCCGGCAGCGGUCGACAUGUGUGUAGUAAACAACUUGAAAAAUAUAGAAAUGACCGCGUCAUACCGACGUAAUUUGCAAAGCGAUAAAAAUCAAAACCCUAGUAGUAGUGACUUUGCGAGCUACGAGGGUGAUAGCAAUUCAGAAGAUAAAGUGCAUUCAGAGUCCGAUUCUGAAACACCGUCUUCGAGACCAAAACCGAAAAUAAUAAAGCCAGAAAGGAGAGAUGAAAGUUUAGAUUCGAACGAAUCUGGCGAAAAAGAUCAUGAAGCGCCAAAAGCCGUGCGUGGUAGAAAGAAAGCUAUGUACGUGUCACCGUACAGACGAAAUGCUCCCAGUCCAAAAAAAACCAUAACCCCCGUGAAAACACCGCCUAAAACAGUUACACCAAAAAUCGCGUCAAGUACUGCCAAAGCUCAAACUAGUGCCAAAACACCUAGUAGAACACCAGCUAUUAAGGCAACCAUUUCCCCUAAAAAGACUGCGCCAAACAAAUCGCCAUCUAAAAUAGCUCAAAAGCCUAUAACGAUUCCACCGGUAGCAAGCAAGCCGCUACCUUUAGAGCGACAAGGCACUUUUACAAAAGAAGAUAGCUCAGUGCCUGCGAAAGACUUACCAAUUCCGGAAAAGAAAGCAGUUGGAUCUACAAGACCUACAAGCUCGCCUACUAAAGUCGUUAACACAUCUCCUUCAAGACUACCCCAGUUCAGUCGAACACGCCCCACUACAAGCAAGACUACCAAGCCCAAACAAAGUACGGCACCUAAACGUUCUUCAGAGCCGAUAAUGAAGAAUUCCCCUUCAAACCACAGUUUACAAAGCAACGACAGUGGAAAGACCAUCAUCCUGGCUCGAGGCUCCCGACAAGGCAGCACGUCCAGCGUGAACUCAAUCUCUUCAUCAUCCAAAACUAAAGACGUCGAGAGUAAAAUAGCAAAUCUCUGGAAGAAAGUCGAACAGACCAAGAAGUUGCCAGCCAAGAGUGACAAGAAAGUGUAUAUUGAAAGUGAUAAGACUGAAACGCCAAAACUUAUAAGGAGUUCGACGUUCGAAGGCCAGCCCGCUGCGCAUGUGUCUACAGCGACCAAACAGAAGUCUGCGAUUGGUAUACGAGUGUCGCAAAUUCCAGCUUUAAGGCCGAAAGCAGUGGCGAAGACUACAACUAGUCCCGCUACCAACAAAAAACCCACUAGAGGGUUUCUAAGAAAAGGCAGUGGACAGAUGACCUCU